UCACAGAGCAUUAAUAUGUCACGAAGAAGAACGAAGACGAUACAUCUCAUAUUCAAUUCAGAAACAAUUAAUAAAGAAGCUAGCCUUGCAUCAUCAUAUCAUAUAUAUGAUUAAUUUCAUACGUUGAUGAUCAAAGUUCACAAAAAUAACAGAUGAUCGUGACAUUAAGAAAAUGCAUUGAAACAUUGAAGGUAUUGCUAAUGUCUCCGAGUGUGCAAAGAAAAUGUUGAUGUACGAAAGCCACAACGAGGUUUCAGAUGACGAUGAUGAUAACAAAAUCGCACGAAGUGAUGAUGAUUUAUUUAAUAGUCCAGAUCUGGUGAAUGCAACGUCAAGGUUUGAAUUCGAUGGCAGCCAAUAUAGUCUCACCGGUUUUCCUUUUCCUUUUCUCGGUAUCCACGGUCCAGAAAAACCUAAGGUCCGUGAUGGCAUUAUCUCCCCCAAUAACCCUUUUUAUAGGUUGUGGAAUGCUUUUUUGGUGGUGUUGGUUUUCUACACUGCAUGGGUGACUCCGUUUGAAUUUGGGUUUUUAAAUGAACCGUGGAAAGCACUUUCGAUUACUGAUAAUGUUGUGAAUGGUAUUUUUUUCAUUGAUAUUUGUGUGACUUUCUUUGUUGCGUACUAUGACAAGGCUGCGUAUUUGCUUGAGGAUAGACAUAGCUAUAUUGCAAAGAGGUAUCUCAAAUCAUGGUUUAUACUUGACCUCAUCUCCACAGUUCCUUCUGAAUUAGCCCGCAAAGUGAUGCCUAAUGAUCUCAAGAGUUAUGGCUACUUCGGCAUGCUUCGCCUUUGGCGCCUUAUGAGAGUCAGUCGCAUGUUUACUAAGUUAGAAAAGGACAGACAUUUUAAUUACUUUUUGCUGCGUUGUUCAAAGCUUACGUGUGUUAUUCUAUUUGCAACCCAUUUUUCUGCCUGCAUUUUUUACUUUCUUGCCGACAAUUAUCCCAGAAGCACAACGUGGCUUGGGCUUGUUUCUAACGUGGCUGACAUGAAUAUUAUGAGUCUCUACGUAACAUCAGUAUACUGGUCUAUAGUCACUCUUUCAACAGUUGGUUAUGGCGAUCUUCAUCCUACAAAUACAAAGGAGAUGAUAUUUGACAUUUUCUAUAUGCUCUUUAAUCUGGGACUUACCGCAUACCUCAUUGGGAACAUGACAAAUUUAAUUGUUCAUGCAACGAGCAGAACUAGAAAAUAUAGGGAUACAGUAAAAGCUGCAACAAGUUUUGCCCGCCGGAAUAACAUACCGGUCCGCUUGGAAGAACAAAUGCUUGCUCAUUUGUUUAUGAAGUACAGAACUGAUUUAGAAGGAGUACAACAUCAGGAGGCUAUUGAUUGCCUUCCGAAAGCCAUUCGAGCUAAUAUCUCACACUUCUUAUUCUAUCAUCUUAUGGAAAGAGUAUACUUGUUUAAUGGAGUGUCACAAGACCUACUUUUUCAAUUGGUCACAGAGAUGAAGGCUGAGUAUUUUCCUCCAAAGGAAGAUGUGGUUUUGGAUAAUGAAGCACCAACAGACUUUUACAUCAUUGUCAAUGGCAGUGCAGAACUUAUCCAACGAAGGGAUGGAAUAGAACGUGUCAUUGGUCAGAUAGGUGUAGGAGAAUUAGUUGGUGACAUAGGAGUCCUAUGUUACAGGCCGCAGCCAUAUAUAGCCCGGACUAAACGACUGAGCCAAAUUUUGCGCCUGAGUCGCACUACGUUUCUAAAUCUUAUUCAUUCAAGUGUUGGAGAUGGGACUAUAAUCAUGAACAACUUUCUCAACCAUUUGCAAAAUUCCCCCAUUGAAGGGAUGAAGGUUAUUUUGGCAGAAACAGAGGCGAUGUUGGCUCGUGGUAAAACUGAUCUACCUAUCAGCACAUGCUUUGCAGCAAAUAGAAAUGACAAUAUAUUGUUACAUCGGUUGUUGAAGAAAGGCUCAAAUCCAAAUGAAGCUGACAAGAAUGGAAAGACAGCAAUGCAUAUCGCAGCUUUUAAUGGCAAUGAGCAUUGUAUAACUUUGCUUCUACAGUUUGGUGCUGACCCAAAUAGCAAAGAUUUGGAUGGAAGUGUCCCGCUAUGGGAAGCAAUGGUUGGUGGACAUAAAUCUAUCAAGAAAAUUCUCAUAGACAGUGGUGCGGACAUAUUUUGUACUGAUGUUGGGCAUCUCGCAUGCCAUGCAGCAGAAAACAACAACAUUGAAUUGCUUAAAGAACUCAUAGAAUACGGUGUGGAUGUGACAAAACCCGAAAGUAGUGGAACCACUGCCCUGCAUGCAGCAGUAUGUGAAGGAAAUGCAGAGAUAGUCAAGUUUCUUUUAGACCAAGGAGCUGAAGUUGAUAAGCCAAAUGGUAGUGGUUGGACUCCCAGGUCUUUGGCAGAACAUCAAGGCCAUGAAGAAAUUAAAAAUAUAUUCCAAAACAUCCAAGAGAACAAAAAAACAACGCCUGUUAUUCUAAUACCAGAAUAUGGGAAGCCUAAUAUGUCUUGCAUGGGAAGGUUCCAAAGUGAACCUGCUAUGCCUGGUGUUCUUGGAUCCCAAGAAAGCAUGCAACAACCACCUAACCAAGAAGUUUCGGCAUGGCUUGAUAGUCAUCGAAGAAGGGCCAACACCUUUAAUAAUUCAAUUUUUGGGAUUAUCUCAGCUGCCAGACGAUAUAAAAAAGAACGUAAGGAAUCUGAAAGCAGAGGUAAUAAUAUAAGGAGCAUGAAUGGAGUAGUAGCUAGGGUGACACUUUAUUGUCCUGAAAAAGGUGAACAUGCUAGAAAGCUUGUUUUUCUGCCCAAGUCACUUGAAGAACUGUUACACAUUGGUGCCAAAAAGUUUGAUAUCUCACCCACCAAAAUUUUGAACAGAGAAGGAGCUGAAAUUGAUGAUAUAGAUCUUAUAAGAGAUGGUGAUCACCUUGUUAUUGCACGAGACUGAAGAGGGAAAGGGAAACAAAAAUUGAUUCUCAAACUUUUUCGUUGUCAUGGGUAAUUGGGUAUCCAUUUUUGUGCAGUAACGUCUCGCAUUCUCACUCCUUAACCUUUUUCCACGUUCUUAAUUAGUUUACUAUUGGGAAAAGCAUUACUAUUGGGAACAUGCUUUGUAAAAUGACACAUGUACGAUUAGUCUGUAGCAAAAAAUUAGAAACACAACACAAACAAAAUUCUUUGCCCUUUUGAUUGUUUUUAAUAAAAACAGUUUUGUUUUUACUAUAAACAAUAAAACAAAGAUCUCUUGAAAGAAUUAUUUUCGAUUUCAG